AUCAUACCUUGAGACCUUGAGGAGUACUAUGGAAUUGCUUAAAAAAAAAACUGAGAGGAGAGGGGAAAAACCGUGGCGACCAAGCACGGCGUGGUCUUGACACUUGAGUCUUGACGUCUUCCUCUAGCUUCCUCCUCGUCUCUCCCACUCUUGCUUGCUCGCCUUGCCUACCCACGCGGCCACACGCACGCGCGCGCGCGCUAGCUUCCUCCAAGAGACCAACACCCUGCAUAUAUAUACGACCAUGGCAUAGGCCCCAGAGAAACAUUUUUGAACCGGGCCAUUUUUGAGUCGUCGGAGUCGAUGUCGGUGGGGAAGAAGGAGAUGGCGCCGUCGAAGGAGGACGGCGCGGCGGCGAAGGGGGGAGCGCGGUCGUACGCGCGGUGCUUCUCCGGGCUGGAGUUCAGCGUGGGGCCGGGGUCGCUGAGGGACGCCGACGCCGGUAAGCUCAAGAGCCAGAUCAAGAAGUGGGCGAAGGCCGUCGUUGCGUACGCGCGCCAGAUCAGCUUCGGCUCGCCGAGGGCGGCGGCCAGGUCCUCCUCCUCCCGUCGGGCCAUGUCGUCGACCCGUGGCCGCGACGGCCACGCCGAAGGCGGCGGCGGCGGCGGCGCCGCCACCGCGAGGUCGGCCACCUUCCCGUCCAAGUCCGAUCUCGGCGAAGCCAACAACGACGAGAUCGUGCCUGCAACUUAAGCUUGUUGUCCUCACGCAGGCACGCAGCUCACCUCUCUCGGUCGGGUUCUUGUAAAUUCUGAUGAUCUUCUAUUCUUCUUCUUCUUCUUCUUCUUCUUCUUCUUCUUUCUUUCUUUCUUUCUUUCUUUCGUCUUCUUCUUUCUUUCUUUCUUUUUCUUCUUUGACCUUUUACCGUGGCGCCACAAUUCAAUUUGUUCUUUUUUGAAUAAAAUUCAUUCAUUCUUUCAUGCCUGGACUAUGUCGUGUUUCGCUUUCUUUCUAUCUUCUGUCCAAAAGUUAAUGUAUGGUUUAUUUUGAGCUUUUGCAGAGUGGGGAGUUAUCAAUAUAUACCAAUCUAAUAGGUGUACUACCAAAAUAUUUCCCUGUUAAACAUAUUUACAUGAAACAAAAUCCAAACAAAUUGAAUUUGAAAACUCAAAUGAAGGGACAUACAUUCAAAAGUGAAACAUAUCCUCGAGAAUUAAGGCAAUUCCGUGAGUUCAUUAAAGCCACAAUUGUCAUAACAUAAGAACUUCUUUUAAUUACUGCAAGAGUUAAACUUACUUGUGUGAAAAUCAAAUAAUCGUUUCAGUAAUGAAAGGGGAGAGCUCCGCUCUCUUUCUCACAGGAAAAAAAAAACUUAUGCGCCAUGAUCUUUUUCAGUAAUGAAAUGGGAUUUCUCUGCUCUGUUUCUUUUAAAAAGAACUUCUGUGAAAAUCGAUCUUUCGAAAAUUUAUGUGAAAAAUCCUACAAACAUCGCCUAUGACAAUAAUCUGUGUACCACAGUGAAAAAUGUUAUACUACUUCUGAACUCUCUUGAAGUCUUGAUUAAUCGAAGCAAAAUUUCUGUAACAACUCUCCAAAUUAACCCUUGCUUAAAUAGUUUAAUAAUAAACACAUAUGCUGCUUCAUUGAGUUGAGUCUCACAACUUCACAAGGCUGGCUGGCUUUUCA